AUGUGGAGUGUUGUAUGUUUUAUCGGGGACAACACAGUUGCAGCUGUGCCCAAGUUUUGGUACCGCGAUGGCUAUUGUGCGUGGCCAAAUAAGUCCAUCCAAAAAUGUAUUGAGCGUCGUAUAAAUCCAAAUGAGUUGGAGUUUACAUAUUUUAAAUCAAAGGUUCUACACACAGAUAUAGCUCAUCUUUUAGAAGCUCGAUCCAUAGCCCAAGAUAAUUCUGGAUUAUCAUCAAAUGAAAUUGUUGAUGUAAACACAAGCUCAAAAAGAAAUAAAAAACCUAAAUCAAUUUAUAAAAAAAAUGAACCUGUUAAUAUUUCAAGUCCUCCUGGCCAUAUUUCUGAAGGAUCUGAAGACUUAACAUUAUUUCAUGAUAAUGAUGAUUCUGAUAAAGAUAAGUCAUAUAAUAUGGUAAGAAAUGAAUCCAGUCCAAAUUCUGAUGAAGAUAGCUGUUUAUUUAAGGAUAAAACAUUAAAAACAAAAUUAAACGUUGAAACAACUCCACAAUUCAAUCAACCAAAGAAAACAUCCAUCGAGGAAACUUUUGAAAUAUCAGGAACUGCCAAUAAAAAAUUGAAAAUAUUUCAUAAUAACAUUUCCACUAAUUCAAUUCACCAAUCAUCAACACCUUCAGUACCAACAAAUAAAGUAUCCACAUGCAUUUCAUCAAUAUUAUCUCCUUCUAUCGAACUCGAGAGUGAUAAAGCGUUCAAAAAAUUUGUAACUAGAAGCCUAACCAAUAUCAAGUAUGAAAUUGAGUCUAUUCAAAAAAGACAAGAUUCUUUUUGUGAACUAUUAGAAACCUUUUUUGAAAAAUUCUCUAAUCCAUCUACCCAUCACUCAUCAAUCUGGGAUUCAGAUAUAUUUCAUGAGAUUGUUUGCAUUGAAAAUGAUAAUGAACUGGAAAUAAUGGAAGAAAAGCUGAACACGGAUAAAUCUUAUAAAAAUCAAGUUAUUAUAUCAUUAUUUCGACUAGUUGGAGAUUCUCUAUCAGAAACAAUUAGAAAAAUCAUGCAGAAGUUUUUUCUUUCUAAAUAUUCGUAUAUUUCCACUCUGCAAUGUUGUAGCUUAAUAUUUGAGUCCAUAAACAAGAUGAAAAAAUUUCGGGAUACUCCAUUAAAAGAAAUUAAGAAACCUAUUGAACUUUGGUUAGCUCAAACUCCAUCUCGUAUAAAAAAACAAGCUUUUAAAAAUAUUAGUUCCACUAGUGAUUAUUUAUAA